AUGGCUGUGGGAAUCGGAGACCGCACUUGCCAACUGGAAGUAGAUUCCUGCUUACAGGAUUAUUCCCAGGGUUCUGAUGGUUCUCACUGUAGGAAUUUCUAUCAACAGUCUGUUCUUGUUUAUUUUUACUUUUUAGAGCUUGCUAGUAAAUGCUCAAUCAUGGACUGCCAGUACAACUGUUCGGUGACUAUGUCUGGUCCAAAGUGCUACUGCAAGAAUGGCUAUGAAGUGGGAGAAGAUGGAAAGACAUGCAAAGACUUUAAUGAGUGUGCCGUGUACGGGACUUGCAGUCAGAUGUGCACAAACUCGGAGGGCUCCUACACCUGCAGCUGUGUGGAGGGUUACCUGCCGCAACUGGACAACCGCUCAUGCAAGGCCAAGAAUGACCCAGUGGAUCGGCUACCGUUCCUCCUUAUAGCCAACUCCCAAAACAUCCAAGCCACCUCUCUGAGUGGAGCAAACCCCAUUACCAUCAACGACAAACAGACCACCACUAUGGACUUCAUCUACGCCCAGGAGACCGUGUGCUGGAUCCACAUGGGCGACUCUCCCACUGCCUCGCAACUCAAGUGUGCCAAGUUUCCCAAUGCCAAGAGCUUCACGGAGGAGAAGACCAUCAACAUCUCCCUCAGCCUGCACCAUAUGGAACAGAUGGCCAUCGACUGGUUGACCGGAAACUUCUACUUUGUAGAUAAUGUGGACGACCGCAUAUUUGUCUGCAGUAAAGACGGCUCCAUCUGCGUGAUCCUGCUGGAUAUGGAGCUCUACAGCCCUAAAGGAAUCGCUCUGGACCCUGCCAUGGGAAAAGUGUUCUUCACAGACUAUGGCCAGACCCCAAAGGUGGAGCGCUGUGAUAUGGAUGGCCAGAACCGCACUAAACUGGUGGACAGUAAAAUAGUCUUCCCUAACGGCAUCACUCUGGACCUGGCCAACAAGAUGGUAUACUGGACCGACGCUUACUUGGAUUAUAUUGAGGUGGUGGAUUAUGAAGGCAAGAACCGGCACACCAUCAUUCAAGGCUUACUGAUUGAGCAUCUGUAUGGUCUAACGGUGUUUGAGAACUAUCUGUAUGCCACCAACUCUGACAACGCCAACAUGCAACCCAAAACCAGCGUGAUCAGAGUCAACCGAUUCAACAGCUCUGACUUCCAGGUGGUCACACGUGUGGAUAAAGGUGGCGCUCUUCAUGUUUACCACCAGAGACGCCAACCCACAGUGCGCAGUCACGCAUGUGCUCUGGAUCCGUUUGGGAAGCCUGGCGGGUGCUCUGACAUCUGCCUGCUGGCAAACAGCCACAAAACCCGAACCUGCCGCUGCCGUUCCGGCUUCAGCCUUGGCAGUGAUGGAAAGUCCUGCAAGAAACCAGAGCAUGAGCUGUUCCUGAUCUACGGUAAAGGCCGUCCUGGAGUCAUCCGUGGGAUGGACAUGCACUCUACCGUUUAUGACGAGCACAUCGUCCCCAUUGAAAACCUGAAUAACCCAAGAGCGCUGGACUUCCAUGCAGAGACUGAAUUUAUCUAUUUUGCUGAUGCCACAAGCUACAUCAUCGGCAGGCAGAAGAUUGACGGCACUGAGAGGGACAUCAUCGUCAAAGAUGGUAUUCACACAGUAGAAGGUAUCGCUGUGGACUGGAUGGGGCAAAACCUGUACUGGACUGAUGAUGGACCCAAAAAGACCAUCAGUGUGGCUAAACUGGAGAAAGCCUCUCAAACACGCAAAACUCUCAUUGAAGGCAAGAUGACCCAUCCGAGAGCCAUAGUAGUGGACCCGUCUCAUGGAAUGAUGUACUGGAGUGACUGGGAGGAAGAGCCUAAAGAGAUGAAUCGUGGCAGUAUCAGGAAGGCAUGGAUGGACGGCUCAAACGCUGGUAUACUGCUUACAUCUAAAACUGUGCUCUGGCCCAAUGGCCUCAGUCUGGACAUCCAGCAGGGUCUUCUGUAUUGGGUGGAUGCGUACUACGACCGCAUCGAGAUGGUGCUUCUCAACACUACAGAGCGCAGGACGGUGUAUGAAGGACAGGAGCUGAACCACCCAUUUGGCCUGUGCCACCAUAAGAACUUCCUGUUUUGGAAUGAGUACCGUGGUGGUGGAAUCUACAAGCUGGACCAGAACACCAAGAAAGCCACACUGUUACGCAACGAACGACCGCCGAUCUAUGAAAUUCGCACCUAUGAUGCACAACAACAGCAAAUUAUAGGCUCUAAUGUGUGCCGUGCUAAUAAUGGUGGCUGCAGCAGUUUGUGCCUACUGACGCCCACCGGACGAUCCUGCGCCUGUGCUGACGACCAGAUACUAGACACAGACAACAAGACCUGCAGAGCAAAUCCUUCCUACGUGCCUCCUCCUCAGUGCCAGCCUGGAGAGUUUGCCUGUAAGAAUAACCGCUGUAUUCAAGAGCGCUGGAAGUGCGAUGGAGACAACGACUGUCUGGACAACAGCGAUGAGACCCCUGAUCUGUGCAACCAGCACACCUGUCCUGCAGACCGCUUUAAGUGCCAGAAUAACCGCUGUAUCCCCCUGCGCUGGCUAUGUGAUGGAGACAAUGACUGUGGAAAUGAUGAAGAUGAAUCCAACAGCACCUGCUUGGCACGCACAUGUCCUUCUAACCAGUACCCAUGUGCUAGCGGUCGAUGUAUCCCCAUCUCCUGGACGUGUGACCUGGAUGAUGAUUGUGGAGAUCGCUCUGAUGAACCAGCAUCCUGUGCGUAUCCCACCUGUUUCCCACUCACUCAGUUCACCUGUGCAAAUGGACGCUGCAUCAAUGUAAAUUGGCGUUGUGAUAACGAUAACGACUGUGGGGAUAACAGUGAUGAAGCCGGCUGCAGUCACUCAUGCUCCAGUGUACAGUUUAAAUGCAAUAGCGGCCGCUGUAUUCCAGAAUACUGGACCUGUGAUGGAGACAACGACUGUGGAGAUUACAGUGAUGAGACUCACGCCAACUGUACCAAUCAGGCCACGCGGCCUCCCGGUGGUUGCCACACGGAUGAGUUCCAGUGCCGGAUGGAUGGUUUGUGUAUUCCCAAGCGAUGGCGCUGUGAUGGAGACACGGACUGCAUGGACCUCAGCGAUGAGAAGAACUGCGAGGGAGUCACGCAUAUGUGCGAUCCUGCCGUUAAGUUUGCAUGCAAGGACUCAGCUCGUUGCAUCAGUAAGGCCUGGGUGUGCGACAGGGACAAUGAUUGCGAGGAUAACUCCGAUGAAGAAAACUGCGAGGCUCUGGAGUGCAAGCUCUCCCAUCAUGUUUGUGCCAGUAAUGACUCCAUCUGCCUUCCUCCUGAGAAACUGUGUGAUGGCAAGGAUGACUGCCCUGAUGCCUCAGACGAGAAGCUUUGUAAUCUUUGCACGGUGGAAAAUGGAGGCUGCAGCCAUAACUGUACCAUCGCUCCCGGUGAGGGCGUCCUGUGCUCCUGCCCAGCUGGCAUGGAGCUGGGUACUGACAACAAGACCUGCCAGAUCCAGAGCUUCUGCGCCAAGCAUCUGAAGUGCAGCCAGCGCUGUGUGCAGGAGAAGGCCACAGUCAAGUGUGCUUGUUAUGAGGGCUGGGCACUCGGGCCUGAUGGAGAGAGCUGCAAGAGCACCGAUCCAUUCAAACCCUUCAUCAUCUUCUCCAACCGGCAUGAGAUCCGUAGGAUUGACUUGUACAAGGGUGAGUUCAGUGUGUUGGUGCCCGGUCUGCGCAACACCAUUGCCCUGGACUUCCACUUCAACCAGAGCUCCCUCUACUGGACCGAUGUGGUAGAAGACAAGAUCUAUCGGGGAAAGCUGUCAGAAAACGGAGCUCUGACCAGUUUUGAGGUGGUGAUCCAGUAUGGUUUGGCCACCCCAGAGGGAUUGGCUGUGGACUGGAUUGCGGGAAACAUCUACUGGGUGGAAAGUAACCUGGAUCAGAUCGAGGUGGCCAAGCUGGAUGGGACCAUGCGCACAACCCUGCUAGCUGGAGAGGUGGAGCAUCCACGUGCCAUUGCACUCGACCCGAGAGAUGGAAUUCUGUUCUGGACCGACUGGGACGCCAGCUCCCCCAGGAUUGAGGCUGCGUCUAUGAGUGGUGAGGGUCGUCGCACUAUCCACAAAGAGACUGGGAUCGGUGGCUGGCCUAACGGCCUCACUGUCGACUACCUUGAGCGCCGUAUCCUGUGGAUUGAUGCCAGAUCUGAUGCCAUCUACUCUGCUGCUUAUGAUGGUUCGGGCCUGAUCGAGGUGCUGCGGGGUCAUGAACACUUGUCUCACCCUUUCGCCGUCACCCUGUAUGGAGGAGAGGUGUACUGGACAGACUGGCGGACCAACACUCUGGCCAGGGCCAACAAAUGGACGGGACACAACGUGACUGUGGUUCAGAGAACAAACACUCAGCCGUUUGACCUUCAAGUAUUUCAUCCGUCCAGACAACCUCAGGCUCCCAACCCAUGUGCAGCAAAUGACGGGAAGGGUCCGUGUUCUCACCUGUGCCUCAUCAACUACAACCAAACGUUCUCCUGUGCCUGUCCACACCUUAUGAAGCUCAAGGCAGACAAUCACACCUGCUAUGAGUAUCGUCAGUUCCUGCUUUACGCCCGUCAGAUUGAGAUCAGAGGGGUGGAUAUUGAUAAUCCCUAUUACAACUACAUCAUCUCCUUCACUGUGCCUGACAUUGACAAUGUGACUGUGGUGGAUUAUGAUGCUCUGGAGCACCGCAUAUACUGGUCUGAUGUUCGCACACAAACCAUCAAAAGAGCCUUCAUCAACGGCACUGGUGUGGAGACGGUGGUGUCUGCUGAUCUCCCUAAUGCUCAGGGUCUGGCUGUGGACUGGAUCUCCAGAAACCUCUUCUGGACCAGCUAUGACACCAAUAAGAAGCAGAUCAAUGUAGCAAGGCUGGACGGCUCCUUCAAGAAUGCAGUAAUCCAUGGACAAGGACUGGACAAACCUCACUGUCUGGUGCUACAUCCCAUCCUAGGGAAGCUUUACUGGCUGGAUGGAGACAACAUCAGCAUGGCCAACAUGGAUGGCACCAACCAUACAUUGCUGUUCACCAAUCAGAAAGGCCCAGUGGGCUUGUCCAUCGACUUCGACACGGAGCAGUUGUACUGGAUCAGUUCAAGGAACAGCACUAUCAACCACUGUAAGAUGGAUGGCUCUGGGUUUGAAGUCAUUGAAAGUGUGAAAGGAAAACUCACCAAAGCUACAGCCCUCGCCAUCAUGGGAGAUAAGUUGUGGUGGGCCGAUCAGGGCACAGAUCAGAUUGGUACGUGUGAUAAGAGCGAUGGAGGCAACUGGAAGGUUCUGCGAUAUAACACCUCACCCAUGAUGCACAUGAAGAUCUACAAUGAGACCGUGCAUCAGAUAGGUACCAACCUCUGCAGUAAGAACAACGGCGACUGCUCUCAACUUUGCUUGCCAACUUCACCGACUACAAGAGCCUGUAUGUGUACUGCUGGAUACAGUCUGAAAAGCGGCCAACAGUCCUGUGAAGGUAUGGGCUCCUUUUUGCUCUACUCUGUGCAUGAGGGCAUCCGUGGCAUUCCUUUGGACCCAUCUGAUAAAUCUGAUGCCCUGGUACCAGUAUCCGGUACCUCUCUUGCUGUGGGCAUUGACUUCCAUGCCGACAACGACACCAUCUACUGGGUUGACAUGGGCCUGAGCACCAUUAGCCGAGCUAAGAGAGACCAGACGUGGAGGGAGGACAUUGUAACCAAUGGCAUUGGACGUGUGGAAGGAAUCACUGUGGACUGGAUCGCAGGCAACAUCUAUUGGACUGAUCAAGGCUUUGAUGUGAUUGAGGUGGCUAGACUCAACGGCUCUUUCCGCUAUGUGGUCAUCUCUCAUGGGCUGGACAAACCACGGGCUAUUGCUGUGCAUCCAGAGAAAGGGUAUCUGUUUUGGACAGAGUGGGGUCAGUAUCCACGUAUUGAAAGAUCUCGUUUGGAUGGUUCUGAGAGACUAGUUCUUGUCAAUGUCAGCAUCAGCUGGCCCAAUGGCAUCUCCAUUGAUUACCAGGAGGGCAUGCUGUAUUGGUGUGAUGCCCGAACUGACAAAAUUGAGCGCAUUAAUCUGGAGACUGGAGAAAACCGUGAGCUGGUGCUGUCUAGUAACAACAUGGACAUGUUUGCCGUUUCUGUCUUUGAGGAUUACAUCUACUGGAGUGACAGAACACAUGCCAAUGGCUCCAUCAAGAGAGGAAACAAGGAGAACGCCACAGAUAUGGUGUAUUUGAGAACAGGCAUUGGUGUGCAGCUCAAAGACAUCAAAGUCUUCAACCGCGCAAGGCAGCAAGGUACCAACGUCUGUAAGGUGAACAAUGGUGGUUGUGAACAGCUCUGUCUGUUCCGUGGAAAUGGUAAUCGCACCUGCGCUUGUGCACACGGCAUGUUGGCAGAAGAUGGCCACAGCUGCAGAGACUACGAUGGCUACCUACUGUACUCGGAGCGCACAAUACUAAAGAGCAUUCACCUGUCGGAUGAAACAAAUCUCAAUGCUCCCAUCAAACCCUUCGAGGACCCAGAGCACAUGAAGAAUGUCAUCGCUCUUACCUUCGACUAUAGGGGUGGCGGGGGAAAGGGAGCAAACCGCAUGUUCUACAGUGACAUCCACUUCGGUAAUAUUCAGCACAUCAAUGAUGAUGGCUCCGAUCGCAAGACUAUUGUGGACAAUGUAGGAUCAGUGGAAGGUUUGGCUUAUCACAGAGGCUGGGACACUCUUUACUGGACCAGCUACACCACCUCCACCAUCACCCGACACACUGUAGACCAGAGCCGCUCUGGUGCUUUCGACAGAGAUACCGUGGUUACUAUGUCAGGGGACGACCAUCCCAGAGCCUUCGUUUUGGAUGAAUGUCAAGACCUGAUGUUCUGGACUAACUGGAAUGAACAGUCUCCCAGUAUCAUGCGGGCGUCUCUUUCUGGUGCAAAUGUCCUGGUGAUCAUUGGCAAUAACAUCCGCACCCCGAACGGCCUGGCCAUCGACCACCGAGCGGAGAAACUUUAUUUCUCAGAUGCCACAUUUGACAAGAUUGAACGCUGCGAGUAUGAUGGCAGCCGACGAUUUGUGGUGUUGAAGAAUGAGCCGGUUCAUCCGUUUGGUUUGGCUGUAUAUGGUGAUUAUAUCUUCUGGACAGACUGGGUGCGCAGAGCUGUGCUCAGAGCUGAUAAAUACGGUAGAGACAUGAAGGUCUUGCGCGCGGACAUUCCUCAACAGCCAAUGGGCAUCAUCGCUGUAGCCAAAGACACCAAUAGCUGUGAGUUUUCUCCAUGCCUCACUAAUAACGGAGGCUGUCAGGAUCUGUGUCUGAUCACAUCUGAGGGUCGAGUGAAUUGCAGCUGUCGUGGAGAACGCAAACUACUGGGAGAUAAUACCUGCGUGGCGGAAAACACGACUUGCAACAGUGUGGAUGAGUUUGAAUGUGGAAACGGCGACUGUAUCGACUACAGUCUGACUUGUGACUCUCUGGCCCACUGCAAAGACAAGUCUGAUGAGAAACAGGCUUACUGUGCAAACCGCAUGUGUAAGAAAGGCUACCGGCGCUGCAUUAACGGACGCUGUAUCAAACACAGCUCCUGGUGUGAUGGCACUGAUGACUGUGGAGAUGGUUCAGAUGAGCUGCCAUGCAACAUGACUCUGUGCAGCGCUGCUGAGUUCCAGUGUAAAGACGGCUCCUGCAUCACUAACUCCAGCCGCUGUAAUCAGGUGGUGGAUUGUGAGGACGCCAGUGAUGAGAUGAACUGCAGCCCCACGGAUUGCUCCAGUUACUAUCUGCUUGGAGUGAAGGGCAUGACGUUUGAGCGCUGUGAGUUCACUACCCUCUGCUUCGCCCCGUCCUGGCGCUGUGACGGCUCUAAUGACUGCGGAGACUUCUCAGAUGAGCGAAACUGCCCUGAGAAAAGGAAGCAGAAAUGUCCAGAGAACAACUUUGCGUGUCCGAGCGGGCGCUGCAUUCCCAUGAGCUGGACUUGUGACAAAGAGAACGAUUGUGAGGAUGGAGCAGAUGAAGCUCACUGUGAAAAGUUUUUCCAGUUCUGCGCAUCCAAUCAGUUUGAAUGUGGAAACAAUCGCUGCAUCUUCAAAACCUGGGUGUGUGACGGCACUGAUGACUGUGGCGACGGCACUGAUGAGGACAGCAGAUGCAAGGCAAAGACUUGCGGUCCAGACUCUUUCCAGUGUCCGGGUUCCCACGUGUGUAUUCUUCAGCGCUGGGUGUGUGACGGGGAUAAAGACUGUCCUGAUGGAGGAGAUGAGGAGCUUAAGGCUGGCUGUGUGUUCAACAAGACCUGUGACGACACUGAGUUCCAGUGUCAGAAUUCUCAGUGUAUUCCCAAAAACUUCAUGUGUGAUCAUGACAUUGACUGCCGCGAUGGCUCUGACGAGUCGCCCGAGUGUGAAUAUCCUACCUGUGGGCCGAAUGAUUUCCACUGUGCAAAUGGCCAGUGCCUGAAGCAGAAGAACUGGGCUUGUGAUGGAGAGUUUGACUGUAGAGACCAAUCAGACGAAGCACCUAAAAACUCGCAAUGCACAGACACAGAGAGGCGCUGUAAUGACACUGCGUUCCUGUGCUCCGGUGGCAAGUGUGUGAAUGAGACGUUGCUGUGUGAUGGUAAUAAUGACUGCGGUGACGGCUCUGAUGAAAACAACUGCUUCGUCAACGAAUGUCUGAAUAGUAAACUAAGUGGCUGCUCGCAGCUCUGUGAAGAUCUGAAGAUCGGCUUCAAGUGCCGGUGUCAUGCAGGUUUCCGUCUUAAGCAAGAUGGGAAGACGUGUGUGGAUGUAGAUGAGUGCUCCACCGUGUACCCUUGCGCUCAGCGUUGCAUUAACACUCAUGGUAGCUUCCACUGCCUCUGUGUCGAUGGCUUUGUCCCACGUCCUGAUGACCACACUAGCUGCAAGUCCACUGCUGAGGAGGAACCUUUCCUCAUCUUUGCGAACCGAUACUACCUGAGAAAACUCAACCUGGAUGGUUCAAACUACACACUGAUUAAACAGGGACUCAAUAACGCAGUAGCUCUGGACUAUCAUUACGCAGAACAGAUGAUCUACUGGACAGAUGUGACCACACAAGGCAGCAUGAUCCGUCGCAUGCACAUCAACGGCAGUAACGUACAGGUGCUGCACAGAACCUCUUUGAGUAACCCUGACGGUCUGGCGGUGGAUUGGGUUGGAGGAAACCUGUAUUGGUGUGAUAAAGGCAGAGACACUAUUGAGGUGUCCAAGCUGAACGGAGCUUACCGAAGUGUGCUGGUAAACAGUGGCCUGCGGGAACCCAGAGCUGUGGCUGUGGAUGUGAGGAAUGGAUAUCUGUACUGGUCAGACUGGGGUGACGUGCCUCAUAUUGGCCGCAUUGGCAUGGACGGCACUGACCGUCAAAUCAUCAUUCAGGAUAAGAUCACAUGGCCUAACGGUCUGACGCUUGACUUUAUUAAUGACCGCAUCUACUGGGCAGACGCUCGUGAAGACUACAUCGCUUUCGCCAGUCUGGACGGGUCCAGCAGACACAUUGUUCUGAAUCAUGACAUCCCUCACAUCUUCGCCAUGACUCUGUUUGAGGAGUUCAUCUACUGGACCGACUGGGAGACUAAGUCCAUCAACAGAGCUCAUAAAACACUGGGGACCAACAAGACUCUGUUGAUCAGCACCCUGCACCGUCCUAUGGACAUCCACAUCUUCCACCCAUCCAGACAGCCUGAGGUGUCUGGUCAUCCGUGUCAGGAGGACAACGGCGGCUGCAGUAACCUGUGUCUGCUCUCUCCUGGAGGGGGAUAUAAGUGUGCCUGUCCCACCAACUUCUAUCUGGCUGCUGAUGGAAAACAGUGCCUGUCUAACUGUACUGCCAGCCAGUUCGUCUGUAAGAAUGAUAAGUGCAUUCCAUUCUGGUGGAAGUGUGAUACAGAGGAUGACUGUGGAGAUCGCUCAGACGAGCCUGCUGAUUGUCCUGACUUUAAAUGCAGACCAGGUCAGUUUCAGUGCGGCACGGGUCUCUGCACAAACCCGGCUUACAUCUGUGACGGAGACAAUGACUGUCAGGACAACUCUGAUGAGGCCAACUGCGACAUCCACGUUUGCCUGCCCAGCCAGUUUAAGUGUUCGCAUCCUAGUCGCUGUAUACCUGGAAUCCUGCGCUGUAAUGGACAGAACAACUGUGGUCAGGGAGAAGACGAGAAGGACUGUCCGGAGGUGACCUGCGCUCCUAACCAGUUCCAGUGCGCCAUCACCAAACGCUGUAUACCACGAGUCUGGGUGUGCGAUAGAGACUACGACUGCGUAGAUGAAUCUGAUGAACCAGCCAACUGCACUCAGAUGAAGUGUGGUGUGGAUGAGUUCCGUUGUAAAGACUCCGGUCGCUGUAUCCCGUCUCGCUGGACAUGUGAUGGAGAGGACGACUGCGGCGACGCCUCUGAUGAGCCCAAAGAGGAGUGUGAUGAGAGAACAUGUGAGCCGUACCAGUUCCGCUGUAAGAACAACCGCUGUGUGCCGGGCCGCUGGCAGUGUGACUAUGAUAAUGACUGUGGUGAUAACUCGGAUGAGGAGAAGUGUGUGCCGCGUCAGUGCUCAGAGAGUGAAUUUGCCUGCUCUAAUGGCCGCUGUAUUGCUGGAAGGUGGAAGUGUGAUGGAGAUCAUGACUGUUCAGAUGGAUCUGAUGAGGAUGGCUGUGAUCUGAAGUGUGAGGAGGAUCAAUUUCAGUGUAAGAAUGGUCACUGUAUCCCGCUCCGCUGGCGCUGUGAUGCUGAUGUGGACUGUCUUGAUGGCAGUGAUGAAGAACGCUGUGAGAUUACUGAGGUGCGGCACUGCUCCAACGAGGAGUUCCAGUGCAAUAACACUCUGUGUAAACCACUGUCCUGGAAGUGUGAUGGAGAGGAUGAUUGUGGAGAUAAUUCAGAUGAGAACCCUGAGGCGUGCAGACACUUCCAGUGCCCACCGACUAGAAAUUUCCGCUGUCGUAAUAAUCGUGUGUGUCUUAUGAGAAGCAAGCUGUGCGAUGGCGUGGACAACUGUGGAGACAAUUCAGAUGAGACCAGCUGUGACCAUGAUUCCACAUGUGAUAAAGACCAGUUCAAGUGCACCAAUGGCAAAUGCAUCAGCGCCAACCUGCGUUGCAACUUUUUCAACGACUGUGAAGAUUACGGCUCUGAUGAGAUCGGCUGCAAGACAGACACCAUGCUGAAUGACUGUAAGAGUAACAAAUCUCUGUGUGGAGAUGGUGAUGAGGCUCACUGUGUAUCCAACGGCACAGACACCUUCUGCUCCUGCAAACCUGGUUUCCAGAGUGUUAGACACAACACCUGUGAAGAUAAGGAUGAGUGCAAGCAAUUUGGCGUAUGUUCUCACAUAUGCAACAACACCAAAGGCUCCUACAAGUGCAGCUGCCACAAAUACUUCACCAGGAUUAACCACACAUGCAAGGCUGACGGUCAGAACAGCAAUAAACAGGUGCUCUACAUUGCGGAUGACAACGAGAUCCGCAGUCUAAAUCCUGGGAUGCCUAACUGGGUUUACGAGCAGACGUUCCAGGGCGAUAUCAACGUCCGUAUCGAUGCAAUGGAUUUGCAUGUCAAAACCAAUCGUAUUUUCUGGACCAACUGGCACACCUCUGGCAUUUCCUGCUUCCAGCUGCCCUCUCAAUCCUCAGCAUCAGGUCCCACGUCCAACUCUCACCGCCACACUAGGCAAAGCGAGGGCAGCGUCAGCAACCUUGAAAUUCCAGGUUUGAAAAUGCCGCGUGGAAUCGCAGUCGAUUGGGUAGCUGGAAACCUUUACUGGACCGAUUCAGGACGGGAUGUGAUCGAGGUUGCUCAGAUUACAGGACAGCACAGGAAAACAUUGAUUUCUGGCAUGAUUGAUGAACCUCAUGCUAUUGUGGUGGAUCCUCAAAGAGGAACUAUGUACUGGACUGACUGGGGUAAUCAUCCAAAGAUUGAGACGGCAGCCAUGGACGGGACUCUAAGACAAACUCUGGUCCAUGAGAACAUCCAGUGGCCUACAGGUCUUGCUGUGGACUACUUCAAUGAGCGUCUGUACUGGGCAGAUAGCAAGCUUUCUGUGAUAAGCAGUGUGCGUCUGGAUGGCUCUGACCCGGUGGUGGUCGUGUCCAACUUAAAAAACAAUCUCCUCCGCCCGUACAGCAUUGAUAUCUUUGAGGAUUUCAUUUAUGGGGUUACUCACACUAACAAUAUAGUCUUCCGGGUGAACAAGUUUGGCAGAGGACAGGCGGAGAAUCUGACCACUGGCAUUAAUCACGCCACUGAUAUAGUGCUCUAUCACCGCUACAAACAGCCAGAGAUGACAAACCCAUGUGAUAGGAAGAAGUGUGAAUGGUUGUGUUUGCUCAGUCCCAGCGGGCCCGUGUGCAUCUGUCCCAAUGACCAUGUCCCUGACAAUGGUACCUGUGUAAAGGUGCAGCCGCCGGACCAGUUCCCCUUCUCUACCAUCUGUGACUUGCAGUGCCAGAAUGGAGGCAGCUGUUACCUCAACCCUUUAAAGCACCCCAAAUGUCGCUGUCCCACCAGUUACCGCGGAGAACGCUGUGAAAUCAACCAGUGCAGAGACUACUGUCAGAACAGAGGAACCUGCUCCCCGUCCCGCACUGGAGCUCCUACCUGCCGCUGUCAGACUGGAUUCACUGGGCCCAGAUGUAACCUGUACAUUUGUGAAAACUACUGUCAGAAUGGAGGCAACUGCGCCGUCAGCCUGGGCAACCAGCCGACUUGCCGCUGUCCACCAGGGUUUCUGGGUGACCAGUGCCAGUACCGUCAGUGCGAGGACUUCUGUAAGAAUGACGGUCAAUGUUUGGAGCUGAACAACGGCACUAAACAUUGCCAGUGCUCGGAUAAGUUCUUCGGUCCACAAUGUGAGCUGGACAAAUGUGAAUACUGUGGCAUGGGCAAGUGUGAAAAGCUACAAACUGGAAUUACUUGCAAAUGUGCUGAUAACACAAAGCGACCCACCUGCUACACCUGUAAUGACUUCUGCAUUGAGGGCCAGUGCUCUGUGGACUCUUAUACUAAUCUGCCACAGUGCAGGUGUCACACAGGCUGGUCAGGAUUUCGCUGUGAGCUCAAUAUUGCCCCUAUUCAGAACCCAAACUCUGGAAAUACUCCAUCUGUGGUCAUCCCGGUGAUGUUACUGCUCUUACUUGCACUGUUGGUGGUCGCUGCCAUCUUGUGGUACAAGAAGAGAAUGCGUGGUGCUAAGGGAUUCCAGCACCAGAGGAUGACCAAUGGAGCCAUGAAUGUAGAGAUCGGGAACCCGGCGUACAAGAUUUAUGAAGGAGAGCCUGAUGAUGAUGCAGGGGAGCUGCUGGACUCGGACUUCACACUGGAUCCAGAUAAGCCCACAAACUUCACAAACCCCGUGUAUGCCACGCUCUACAUGGGUGCUCAUAACAGCCGUAACUCUCUGGCCAGCACAGACGAGAAGAAAGAGCUGCUGUCUGCAGGAGACGAUGACAUGGGAGACCCGCUGGCGUAGAGUACCGGCCGCACGCCACCCUCACGCAGACCCAUAUGCCUUUACACGACAGACGAAAAGCAACAAGAGCAGGAACACUGUACAAAAUGUAACAACAACAAAAAAAAGAUAGGAAAAAAAAAUGAAGGACACUUUUGUAUGUGAUUGCAGUAUUAUAUUUUAUUCUUCAAGAAAUCCUUCUGGUUGACAAAAGAAAACAUUUUUUUUUUCAAUACUUUUAUUUUCCCUCCAUUUUCAGAUGUUUGCUUGCUUAAUUUUUUCACCCUUCCCCUCCAUUUAGCCACUACCUCUGUGCUCAACAACAAUAUGGGAAAUCUGUUUGUUUGUUUGUUUGUUUUUCUUUUGUUUUGGUUUGGUUUUAAGUUUAUUUUUGUACGAAUUGUAUAGUUUGUUUUAGGAAAAGCAAAAUUGCCAAUUGUUGCUAUUGAAAUCUGAGGGAGGGAGACAAUACGAUUACAUAUGAUACGAUACGAUACGAUACGGCCGACUGAAUGAUACUGAUGCUGACUUUGCCCGUGUGUGAUUUCAGAUGGCUGAAUAAGGACGAAUCUGUGUGCGAGAGUGAGUGGACGAGUCAGCAUCGCUUUUAUUUCUAUACUGUUAUCUCAGAGAACAAUGCUUACGAUGAUUGUCAUACUCCUUGCACAGAUUGAUUUUAUAUAUAUUUACAUAUAUAAUUAACAGAAGUGUCUUGACAAAUAUACCCAGGAAUACAAGCGGACACCCGUACGAAUAGCAGUAUAUUAUACCUGUCUUUGUUUUAGCUUUGUUUUAAAUGGAUGAAAAGAAUGAAUGACGGUCAAUGUAAGAACAUUCCAGAAGUGUUUCCAGGGUAACCGUGGCCUUGGUGUUUGUACGUUAGCGGUACGUCCAAAGGAUUGAUUGAGAGCAGGCCUGAUCUGAUGCCAUGUCUUCCAGUGGGAAACGGCCAGGAGAUGACCGGAUCGUCGUCUGCUCUCACUUUUCACCAGAACUGUUUUUGGGUGGAAGCUCCGUGUCACUUUUAGUUCACUAGUUUUGUGUCUUCUGGACUUUUAAUGCUCAGUGUAAGUGCAUUUCUGUGAGGUUCGUGUGGAUCCAGUAAUAACUCACUGCCUUGCUGCUACUCUUCUCAUUCUCAUCCGCCUGAGCUGUAGAGAGAGAGAUGUCCACCGCUUCUAAUGGAAGUAACCGUGCGCCCAGUAGGCUAAUGCAUGGAUCCAACAGCGCAAAAAAAAGACUCACGUCGACUCCACGAGAUGCAUCUUAACAGUAUUCAUCCCAAGCAUCUGGACUUAACGUCAAGUGUCUGCUCCGUUUAUGAUCAAAUGUCAUUUUAGCGCGGCCCUCGUCGGCCUUUUACUGUCACCGAUGACUAGUGUCACGACCCUGCAACCGUUUCUGUAGUUUUGUUUUUAUUUUUUUAUAUACAAAAUAAUUAAACUGCUUUUUAUAGUAGAAA